AUGGCUACUUUUAGCAGGAAGGAAGGUCAGCUAAACUAUAAGGUCAAAGAUGGCCUCACUCACAAGUUUGUCAAGGACAGACCUUUUCCUCCUCCUUCCCGCCCUCCUUCCCACCUCCGACAGACCCAAGAGCAGGAGCAGGGGCGCCAGCCCCACGCACUGCGCCUGCAGCCGCCGCUGAGACCCGAGCUGCCGGGCGGCGGGGCGGCCCGGGGCAGGCGGACCAGAGCCGCCGCCGGGGGUCUCUGCGCCUCGCACCCCCAAGCUCGGCGCUGCCGACGAGCGGCCGCCCGGGUUCCUGCCCUCGCUCCGGCCUCGCUCCCCCGAGAGGAGACAAAAGGAAGGUUCAGCCGGGUCACCGCGCGGCCGCUGACUGGGAAGCAGAGUCGACCCCGGCGCGGCCGCCCCCCACACAAAGGGGCUCCCCGCCUGGGUCGCGGCGUCGGCGCGCUCGUCCCCGCCCCGCGCGCGGGCUCUCACCCACCUGCAGGUGUCUGUGCGUCUGUCCAUAGGAACGCGGUCGGCGGGGGGGCCUGCGAGAGCCGGGCAGCCCGGGCUGGACGGGACGGGCCGGAGGGGCGAGAGGGCGGGAGGAGAGCGGCCAGAGGGCCGGGCACCGAAGGUGUGGAACCCGCCAUCCCCGCUAUGGUCCGAGGAAGUGUACAGCACCGCUCCCUACUACACGUCCUGGGCCCGCGAUCCCCGAUGCCCCCCGGAGCUCUGUGCACCUCCACUGAAACGCAAGGAGCAGAAAGAACCUACACUAUCCGUGAGGUAGCUUCUGCCAACCCCUCUCCAUCUCUAGAGCUGAUUCAGGUUGAUGUUCUUAACACCUUCCUCUAUCAACACUCUUCCAGGUCUAGGCUGAAAUUUAAAAUCUGUGUAAAUGUUGACACAAUAAUGUUUGUACGAACAAAAGAGACCAAAAAUGAAAACCCCCUAGUUAAUUGCAUAUUCUAAAGAUGGGAUCUUGUGGAGAAAUUGGAACUCUUAUGCAAUGCUAAUAGGAAUGUAGAUGGUACCACCACUAUGCAAAACAGUGGGGAAGUUCCUCAAAAAACUAAAACUAGAGCUACCAUAUGAUCCAGCAAUCCCACUUCUGGGUAAAUAUCCAAAAGAAUUGAAAGCAGGAUAUCGAAGAGAUAUUUGCCCAUCCAUGUUCAUUGCAACACUAUUCACAAUAGCCAAGAGGUUGAAGCAGCCCAAAUGUUCAUCAACAGAUGAAGAGAUAAAUGAAAAUGUGAUAUAUACAUAUAAUGGAAUAUUAUUCAGCCUUAAAAAUGAAGGAAAUCUUAUCACAGGCUACAACAUAGAUGAACCUUGAGGAUGUUGUGCCAAGUGCAAUAAACCAGUCACAAAAGGACAAAUACUGUUAUGAUUUGACCUAUAUGAGGCAUCCAACCAUGAUGAGGUACCUUGUUGAACAAACUAACUCUGCCACUGAGAACGAUGAAAGCUGUUUAAAAAAAUAAAUAAAUAAGUCUGUUUAAAACAAUUGGAGAGCAACCCUGUCAUCCAAGGCUUGAGAGUCCAAGAGCCCCCCAGGAAGAAGAGAAAUACUCUGAAGUGAGUCCUGCAUUCUCAGCCACUUUUCCUUCUCAGGGCAUUGUUGAUUCGUGUCUAGGAGUGUAGAAGUCAGAAAGAAGCACCAUAGAGCUUACCGGCAGUCUUAUUGGCCUGGAGAUACAAAAUUUGGAGUCAGGUCUAUUAAGGCAGCUAGGACUUGAGAAACCAAGAUCCUAGAGAAAGCAAUCACAGUAAACCUAGUAGGUUGGCUGAAGGCCAUAAUCCCGGCACUUUAGGAGGGUGCGGCAGGAGGAUUGCUUGAGGCCAGGAGUUUGAGACCACCUUGGGUAGCAUAGUGAGACCCCCGUAUCUACAAAAAGAAAAAAAAAAUUAGCUGGGCAUGGUGGCCCACAUCUCUAGUCCCAGCUACUCAGGAGGAGUAGAGGAGACAGAGAGAGAGAGAGAGAGAGAAGAAAGGAGACCUGUGGGAUUAUGCUUUUAUUGGGUCUAUAGGCAUUAUGCCCUUAAAAAAAAAAACACAUGCGCAAAGGAGGAGAACUUAUUUCCAAGACUCUGGUGUUAACCAUUAGGUUUUUGUUUUGUUCUGUUUUGUUUUGAGACAAGGUCUCGCUCUGUUGCCCAGGCUGGAAUGCAGUGGCGUGAUCUUAGCUCACUGCAGCCUCCUCUGUCUCCCAGAUUCAAGUGAUUCUCAUGCCUCAGCUUCCUGAGUAGCUGGGAUUACAGGCACGCACCAUCCUGCCCAUCUAAGUUUUGUAUUUUUAGUAGAGGCAAGGUUUCACCAUAUUUGGCCAGGCUGGUCUUAAACUCCUGACCUCAAGUGGUCCUCCCACCUUGGCCUCCCAAAAUGUGGGAUUACAGGUGUGAGCCACCACACCUGGCCAGGAGGGUAAGUUUUAACAAGGCCAAAGGUGACAGCGGGGGGUUGGGUGUACAACUGGGUUUCAAAAGACUUAGGCCAGGCCUAAAAAUGAAUGCCAGAGCAGCAACUAUAUUAAAAAAUUUAUGACACUGGUACAUGCUUCAACAUGGAUAAACCUGGAAAAGUUUACAAAGCUAUGGGAAAGGAGCCAGUCACAAAGGGUCAUAUAUGAUUCCAUUUAUAUGAAGUGUCUAGAAUACAAAUCAAUAGGGAGAGAAAGUAGACUAGUAGUUCCCUAGGGCUGAGAGGUUUUGGUGGAAAUGUGAGGUAACUACUAAGGAGUUAAGUUUCUUUUUGGGGUGAUGAAAAUAUUCUAAAAUUGGAUGAUGUUUAUGAAACUCUGAUUAUACUAACAACUACUGAAUUGUACAUUUUAAUGGGUGAACUGUACCGUAUGUAAGUUAUUUCUCAAUAAAACUGUUUCAAAAAGGAAGCAUCAAAUACAAAUCCUAGGCCAGGCAUGGUGGCUCACGCCCAUCAUCUCAGCACUUUGGGAGGCCAAGGUGGGAGGAUUGCUUGAGCCCAGGAGUUGGGACCAGCCUGGGCAACAAAGUGAGACCCCGUCGCUACAAAAAAAAUCAAAAAAUUAGCUGGGCGGGGUGGCACACAUCUGUAGUCCCAGGUGCUUGGAAGGCUGAUGUGGGAGAAUCGGUUGGUCCCAGGAGGGUCAAGUCCACAGUAGGCUGUGUUUGUGCC